GCUCCGCGGCGGGGUGGGUCGGGGCGUUCGGCGCGCCCUUCAUUGAAGCGGCGGUGGCCGGGCUGGGCGCCGGGAGUGGGAAGCGACGGCGCGGCUGGAAAAUGCCAGUCCAUUCCCGAGGGGAUAAGAAGGAGACGAACCAUCACGAUGAGAUGGAGGUGGACUACGCCGAAAACGAGGGGAGCAGCUCCGAGGACGAAGACACCGAGAGCUCGUCGGUCUCCGAGGAUGGAGAUAGCUCAGAAAUGGAUGAUGAAGACUGUGAAAGAAGAAGAAUGGAAUGUUUAGAUGAAAUGUCCAAUCUUGAAAAACAGUUUACCGAUCUCAAGGAUCAACUUUAUAAAGAACGAUUAAGUCAGGUGGAUGCAAAACUACAAGAAGUCAUAGCUGGAAAAGCACCAGAAUAUUUGGAACCACUGGCAACUUUACAAGAAAAUAUGCAAAUUCGUACAAAGGUAGCAGGAAUCUAUAGAGAGCUCUGCUUAGAAUCUGUAAAGAACAAAUAUGAAUGUGAAAUUCAAGCUUCUCGCCAGCAUUGUGAGAGGCAGGGAGGUCUAGGACAGGAAGCCUCUUCUCAAGACCUCAGGUGGGAAGAAGGAAGGAAAUGCCCAGAAAAACAAGGCUAUACUAUCGAGUUUUGCAACACGGCUGGCUGCAGCAACGUGCCCUUCGUACAGGCCAAUAAACCGAGGAAAGAGAAGAAAGCCAGCAGCGUUCAGCUCUUCCUUUGA